GAGCGCGGGCGCUGUCCGUAAGAGAACAGGUCCUGAAACGCGGGGGUGCACCAGCAAGCAGCCGCUCUCUCAGUGGAAGCCUACCGAUUGUCGCACAUUUACGCCAACGCCGCCGCCUCCUUCUUAUGUUUUGAGUUUUGAGCAAAGAAAAACAACUCCUUUCCAACUCGCGCGGGACGGCUCAGUUGGACUUGGGCAGCGAAUCGCUUUAAUAACCGGGAACGGUUCUGAACGGUGUCUUCUAUUCUUCCGGGCUCGGUGGAUAUGACACUCGGACGUGGGAUCACUCACUUGCCAUCUCAAGCUUUACUGAUGGGACAUCACACAAGAAAGCAAUGGAAAGCAGACCUUAUUGUGGAUUUGUGACAUUUUUAGUGAAUGAAACAUCUUUUUGAUUCUUUUUUUGUUUGUUUGUUUGUUUUUACUUGUUUUCGUUGUGAGACUGAGCGGAGAAAGUUGAGCCCGAGGGGGACCACGACCAGAGAACUGAGUCUGUGGGGGCUGGGGAUGUCUUCUUUUCAAAUGUUUUGAAAUCCUUUUUACGUGUUUUUCCCCCUUAUUUGGCCCGAUCACUGUGAAGAUUUCAAAGGAUGAAUGGCAAUCUCGUUCUUUACCUGCUUUGACCGACUGUGGUGUCCCGUCCCAUUGAAGACACCGCUUCCUUCAUUCCUUUUCCAAACCUGAUUUUUCAUUCCUCAAUGUUUCAUUUAUUUCACUACACCUGGGGACACUAACAAGUGAACGAAUCAAACAGAAAUAGAUUUCGUCUUUCUGUCUUUUUUUAAGGAACUACUUUGCAUCAACUGGAGGACAGAUCUAUCAAAAUAGAGGUUGGCCCGAGACUGCGCAUUUUUCUUUUAUUUUGUUCAUAUAUCGGGGCCCUGGAGCCCUAGCUCACAUGGAGAUCCACUGUAAGCACGACCCGUUUGCGGCUAUGCACAGGCAUGGCGGGGUCAACCAGCUUGGGGGUGUGUUUGUAAAUGGCCGACCUCUCCCAGAUGUUGUGCGACAGCGAAUAGUAGAACUCGCCCACCAAGGUGUGCGUCCCUGCGAUAUCUCCCGCCAGCUACGCGUCAGCCAUGGAUGUGUCAGCAAAAUACUGGGCAGGUACUACGAAACAGGCAGCAUUCGGCCAGGUGUCAUCGGAGGAUCCAAACCAAAGGUUGCUACACCCAAAGUGGUUGACAAGAUUGCCGAUUACAAACGCCAAAACCCCACCAUGUUUGCCUGGGAGAUCCGGGACAGGCUCCUGGCCGAGAGAGUGUGCGACAAUGACAGCGUGCCCAGCGUCAGCUCCAUCAACAGGAUCAUUCGGACCAAGGUUCAGCAGCCACCGGGCCAAACGGGCUCGGUAGCGGCUCACAACUUAGCCACAUCAGUGGCCGCGACACAGGUCUCUGCGGUGACCAGCGACUCUGCCGGCUCUUCGUACUCCAUCAGCGGCAUUCUGGGUAUCAGCUCAGCUGCUGAUGUUGGGAAAAGGAAGAGAGAUGAAGGCGUGCAGGAGUCGCCGCUGGCCAAUGGGCACAGCCACAACGGCCGGGACUUCCUCAGGAAGCAGAUGAGAGGGGAGCUGUUCUCGCCGCAGCAGAUCGAGGUAUUGGACCGCCUGUUUGACAGACAGCCAUCCUGUCCAAUCCAAUCCAGCUCUGACCUCUAUGCGAGCCCAGACCCUGGCAAGUCAUCGGACUACUCCUCCAUGGCCUCGCUAGCCAGUGGACUGGACGAGAUGAAGAACAGUUUGGCCAAUUCCGGCACCGGGGCAGAAUUAGGAGCCAGCGUGGCCGGCCCACAGUCUUAUUCACUAGUUCCAGGUCGAGACCUCGCCAGCACCACCCUGCCAGGCUACCCUCCUCACGUUCCCCCCACGGGACAGGGCAGCUACUCCACCCCCUCCCUCACUGGCAUGGUACCAGGAGGAGAUUUCUCUGGAAGCCCCUAUUCCCAUCCUCAGUAUUCCACAUACAACGAAUCCUGGAGAUUUCCUAACCCUAGUUUAUUAGUGUUUCAGCAAGAUUACGGAUCCCUCUUAGGUACUGAAAUCGGCUGUUCCUCGAGUCUCUUCACCAGCCAGGCGGGACAGAUGCAAGGCUCACCGUACUACUACAGUGCGACAUCACGUGGGGCCGGACCCACCGCCACGGCCACAGCCACGGCGUACGAUCGCCACUGACCAUGCCUGCUGAGAAGAGGAGAGGACAAGGGAAGGAGGGAGGGAAAGGAUAGCACCAGCACUGCUCACUUCAACAAGUCUGCCCCCGUGCACUGACCAAUCACAUUUUGACAAUUGUGAAUCCUUUUUGGACUGUCAUUGAAACCGACCUACGCACUGCCACCCUGUCAAAAAGUUACUGUGAGGACACGCGUGAUGCAGUGCGACAGGUAGGCUCCAUCCAUGCAUUUCGAGUACAUUUUUGCAACUCUGAGGACUCUUCUACUACAUCAGACGUGGAUAUGUUCAUUUUCAACCACUAACAAAUCCAAGAGACAUAUCCACAAGCCACGA